CUUCUAUUGGUGAACACUUGUAAUGGCCGUUUCUAAUUGGUUUAGUGCUAUUAUCCCGAUUGGUCCAUGUAACUCAAUGACUUCCUGCUAGAGAAGCGAACAGCAAACUGAUCCCGAGGAAGGAGAUGCCAUCCAUAUCGCGAUCGGAGGGGUCGCUGUCGUGACUGUGGCAGCGGAUCUUUAAGCUUAAGUGCAUAGCGCAUCAGGCGCUGAAGUGGCUGGAGUGAUUUAGAAGAUCAUUAUGACAACAGAAACGUUUGUGAAAGAUGUUAAACCUGGCCUGAAGAACCUGAAUGUCCUUUUUAUUGUCUUGGAAACAGGCAGAGUAACCAAGACAAAGGAUGGGCAUGAGGUUCGAACCUGUAAAGUGGCUGACAAAACUGGCAGCAUCAACAUCUCUGUUUGGGACGACGUAGGGAACUUAAUCCAACCUGGAGACAUCAUCCGUCUCACUAAAGGAUAUGCAUCUGUAUUUAAAGGUUGCUUAACUUUAUAUACAGGACGAGGAGGUGACCUACAGAAGAUUGGAGAGUUUUGUAUGGUUUACUCAGAGGUCCCCAACUUUAGUGAGCCAAACCCUGAAUAUGUGGCCCAGCAAUCCCAAAACAAGCAGGCACAGGCAGAGAACGUGACUGGAUCAGCAAAUCACAGCUCAUCCAACAACCAGACUCCUCCAGGUAAAGAUGAGUCAACCCCAGCUGUCUUGUCUGUGAAGUUAACAUUUACUGACUCUUCUGAUCUGCCCAAUGGAAAUGGCAAUAAUAGCUCAGGACCUGCCACACACCAGCCUCUGCCGCCUCCCCCUCAUCAGACCAGUGGCCGCAUAACCCGAAGCCAACCCAACCACUCUCUCACUGGUGCCCCCAACCCAGUGAGCAAUGGCAAAGAGACAAGGCGCUCAGGAAAAAGAUAGCAGCAACAAUUUACCUUUACAGUUAAAACCAGCUCUUGAUCAUUUUUACCAGACAAAACCAGACUUCACCAUGUUUGUAAGACAGACUUUAGUUGGGUUUUGGUAACGUUAUGCAAGGACUUUAUUGCAUUGCACAGUAUGAAAGACAAAAACAUUUAUGGAAACUUGAAGACUUAACAGCUAUUCUGAAUCACUGUAGACUCUGUCAUAUGUAGAUCAAUGGAAAAUCCGGUAUGGCCAAAGUCAAAAUGAAGGCAGCCUUGAACGAUUACUGUGAAUUAAGAAUUGGCGCCCAUGUUUUUCAAGGAGAAUCUAGACUGAUUCUUAGAGUGAUGAAGCCAUGUUUACUCACAAAGCUGCCUGCUGAUAAACAAGUUAAUUGAAUAAUUUAGUACACCCAGAAUUCUAACACUGGUGAAAAACACAGUGAAUCGAAGAGGUAAACUGAAUAUAUUAAGGUUAGAACUUUGCCAAAUAUAUUAAGCUUAUGUGGUGUUUUAGUGUGCUCUAAUUUUAACUAUAAAAAGGUUGGAGAAUAUAAUAUGGAAAGACAGGUGGAUAUAUAGUUCCGUGCUAUACUAUUAAUAAUAAUAAUGGUUUACUUCAGGUCUUUAAAAGUGCUACAUUUUAUAGCGGUAGUUUGGGAUUGCGCUUGUGUGCAACACUUAACUCACCACUUGUAAUACAAGCACAAAAAGGGCGUUAAUAGUAAUCCCUAUACUAUCCUUUAACUAAAAGAAAAUGUCUCAUCUUAGGAUGGUUUGGAUAAAAUAUAUAGCCAUUUUCUUGUAAUGUGCAUGGUUGCACUAUAAAAAGGUUGGAGAAUAUAAUAUGGAGAAGACAGGUGGACAUUUUCUGCUCUAGAUAAACAUAGUGCCACUACAUGAUAGUACAGCCUACAUUAAAGGGAUAUUCCAGCCAAAAUUGGAAACCACAUGGGUGCAUUUUGAUAUUGAGCAGAAGCAAUUUUGUAAUAUAUAUGCAUUAGCAAAAAUGCUUCUCAUAAAAGCUAUCGCUGUUUCAAAAGUGUAUUUAGGUAUGCACCGUGCACCAGCAUUUUAAACACAGUACUUGCUCAGAGAGCCUAAGAUGCUUGUACCAUCUGGUAAUGACUCUAUUUGUUAAUUGCUGACAUGAUACAAGCCCCAGUGAUGAUCUGAGCAGCUGCCUUAUUUAAAAUGUGGGUGCAGUGACAAUAUCUAGCUAUGCUUCACAUGCACGUGCAGAGAAAAAUGUUAACACUAAAACAGUGAUAACUUUUACUAGAAGCAUUUUUGCUAAUACAUGUAUAUUGCAAAUAUCUUUCUAUGCAAAGAUGUAAUUAAUCUAUGUGCAUUAAGAUUUUGACUGGAAUGUCCCUUUAACCCCUUGGCUGACAGACGAGUUAAAGUGAAGUCUAUGCCAAACAGGGAUGCAGACAAAUAAUAAGAAUUUAUUAGAAAACCAAUUUGGUUUUGUAUUUUUUAUGAGCAGAAGUGCAAACUCUUUUAUUGAGCAAUUCAGUGAUACACUAACCACUGUGACUGAACCAUUUUAAGACCCCUGACUAAAUUGACGUAUUUAAACCAUACAAGCAGUAAUACCAAUGUAAAUUUUUGGAUUAAGUGCUUUGGUCUAUUUUUUUAUGAAUGAGUAGAGUGAAUGAAAUAAUAAUAAGAAUGGGAAAAUGCACUAAUUUAAAAAAAUAUGUAGGUGCUAUAUUUGCAUAACAAUUAUCAUUAAACUUACAGCCCUGCAA